UAAUCCUAGAAAACGUACCCGCUAUCGCCGAGGACGAUGACCUUGAGCAAGGUUCGUCUGCGCAAAGACAUAGCUGGUUACGGUAGGGACCCAAAUCGAGGAUUCACGUUGAAGCUCGUUAUUGUUGUUGCGGGUUUGUGUAUUUAUGGGGCGAUUGGUUUCAAGGUCAACUUCGUGCAGAAAAGGGAAAAAGAAUUCAGAUCAGAGCGUUACGACGGAAACAUAUAUAAACUCCAUGGAGGAAGAGAAAGCACCCUUGAUCGGAGAAAUCGAGGAAGUAGACGCAACCGCCACAGCCCCCACGACGACGACGGAUGAGGUGUCGCCGAAGAAGCAGGUGCGGACGAAGGUGCCGGAGGUGGAGAUCCAUCUGUACCGGCAAGGGAAGGGACCCAUAGCGGUGUUCAAGUCGAACCUUGGUGGUUGGGAACAGGACCAGCUGGAAGUGCGUGAAAUUCUCGAAAAGUACGGACUCAAAUCCAUCUUCGUCUUUAACCCUCAGUCCGGUCGCGGCGUCCCCAUCCGCUUCCACCGAAAUGGGAGGUCCAUCCUCACUUACCACGACGGUGCUACUGUUUAUGUUGAUGGCGAACCUAAGGACUCGGUACUUAAACCAGUGACCAGGAUCUUGAUCGGGGUGCUUGUAAUAACAUUUAUGAUAGCCCUAGUUUCAAGGGACACUCCAGAAUGGAUCAAGAAAUAUAACAUCUUGGGCACAAACUCCUCUCCAUGGGUGCUGGCUUGUAUAGUGAUUGUUUUCACCCGCAUGAGGAAGAGAACUAAAGAUUUUCUGAAAAAGUAUGGUUGGUGAAUGGAAGGGAUGGAUGCUUUUGUGUAAGGCUUUUCAUGCUUUUCUGUUUAUGCUUUCAGUUCUUUCAAGAAGUUGACAUUUUUUACGAUGAAAUGUGUCAUCAUCAAUGGUAUAGGAUAAAUGUCACGUUAUCUGAUGAUACUGCAUAAUAGUUGCUCUUGUUCAGCAAGCAUACAAUUGUCCAUUUUUGUACUACUUUCUUUUUUUUUGUUAUUUUUUUAAAUCCUUAGAAGCAUAUCUGAUGAGAGUGGAAAACAAUGUAUUUGUGCUCUGCAUCUUACGUUAGGAAUCUUACUUAUGAGCCAAGUUACGAUCUGGGUAAGCAAAAAAUAAAACAGAUAAUCGGUUCUGUAUUUA